AUUCACGCUGGGUGCCCCGAGAAUAGCCUGACCGCGGACCAUGAGCUGCCGCCUGGUCGGGGAAAGAGCGGUCCUUCGAGCCGACGGACGGUCUUCAGUACGCCACACCCUCCGGUCUCUGAACAUCAGGGACACGGCAGAAAUAUUAUCCCGAACGAGUUCAGAAGCGAACUACUGUGCAGGCCUUUGGUGAGCAUGGGAGGGGGAUGGGGAGAAGUUGCUCCAACUAGCUAAACACACUGCUGAGGGAAGCUAGCUUCUGCCCCAACCCCCAGGCUAAGAGAAGGCUGGAGCUGGAAGCCCGUGACCCCCAGGACCUCCAGGAUGGUGGUGGGGCCGCCAAGAGGCCAGUGGCCUCUCUGUCCCACACUGGAGGAAAAGCUCCCGCCCCCAACCCCAUAGCAUACAAGUCCCUGUUGGAGAAGUCGCGCUAUGACACUUCGCUCGGUAUCUUGACGCAGAGGUUUGCGGAGCUGAUGAGGCGCUCUGCUGAUGGGGUGUUGGACCUAAACCUAGUCGCCAAGGAGCUCAAUGCCCCCAAGAGACGCGUGUACGACGUCACCAAUGUCCUGGAAGGAAUCGAUCUCAUCAAAAAGAAGUCUAAAAACCACGUCGAGUGGUUGGGCGGUCAGGUGAACCUACGCAGCAAUCAAGAGCUGAGGGCUCUCAUUGAGGAGGAGGAGAAGCUGGACGAGCUGAUCAAAAGCUGUACGCGGCAGGUUUACCAGAUUUAUGAGAACCGUUACAGUCAGAGAUUUGCCUAUUUGACUUACGAGGAUGUCCGAAGGAUUCCCAGCUUGAAAGAACAGACAGUGAUCGUGAUUAAAGCCCCUGCAGAGACAAAACUGGAGGUGCCACACCCAGAAGAGAGCCUCCAGGUCCACCUCAGCAGCACACAGGGGCCCAUUGAGGUGUUCCUCUGCUCUGAUGAACCCAUCCCUAUGGAAGCCACCGAUGGCUCCGUGGGCAGUGGCAGCCACUUAAACUCAUGCUCCAAUGGGAAUGGCUCUGUGUCCCUAUUGCCUUACUCAUCCUUUGUCCAGGUAUCUUCCAAAGACCAUGCUAAACCUAAUUCUGGAAUCAAUAGUAUCUCCCACCCGCCGACACAACUCUCAUCACCGGCUUCCGUCACCCCUGUCUCCCCCGGGCCCACCUCCUUGCACCCAGCCUCUGAAGAUCAGCAGAGCUUUGUCACCCUCACUCCACCUCUGACCUUCUCUCUUGAUGGAGAGGAGUACCUCCUGAGUCUGACUGAGGAUGAGGGCAUUACUGACCUCUUCUCCUCUGUUGACCUGGACCAGUUGCCCCUGGAUAUUCCCCUCUGAACAGCCCUUUUUGAAAUGCAUGAACUUUAGAAGCUGUGGGCCUCUUACUACAAACACGAUAUCAAGGGGGAUAUGGUAAAAGGACAAACUGCUCAUUUGAAUGUCAUUUUCUUUUUUAUAUUUACGUUCUUCCUAUCCUGGAUGAUGUGACUGGGAUUUACUGACACUCAGGUCUGUGGAGGAGGUUGUUGCCCAAAAGCAUCACAUUGGAGUGGUCUUGCAAUAGCUUUGGAUAUGGAGAGACCAAGUGAGAUCUUUUUAUGUCUUCCUUAUUGUCUUUAGGACAUGCACUUUGUUUCAGACCUUUGAUCUAUUGCAUUUCUGUGUUCUUCCUAAGUGUCCUUCUCAAGUCUCAACACAGGACUUAUUCUUGACCCUUAAUGUCAUGACAUCCCGUAGCGACGGUCUGGAAAGAUGUCAUGGGUGACAUUUUGUAUCAUGAUUACAAAGGAGCCUUUACAACAAAGUCUGAUGAUUUAGCACCUAUUAGUGUGAAGAGGUGUUGAUUAAAAGCAUUAAAAAUGCAAAGAAC